AUGGGUGCCUCAGCCAGCUCCACUGCCCAAGGAGGUGCCUCAGAGCUGACUCUGCAGGAUGGCUACAAGAAAAUACAGUGGCUGUUCCUUAUCACCACCACAGGAAGCCAUGAAAGUGUUCACAAGAACCAGUCAGUUUCAAACGAUACUAUCCCUCUGGAUUUAGAACAGUGUUCCCUCAAAGUGCUGGAGCCUGAAGGAAGUCCCAGCUGGAGUCUCCUGAAGCUGCUGGGAGAUCGAGGUUGCACUGUGGUGGAGCUUGUGGAGUUCCUGCAGGCCCUGGAGCACACAGAGGCUCUCCAGUGUCUCAGCCAUCCAGGUAUAAAGAUUGUUGUGCAGCCAGACUCUCAAGCAGUGCUCUCUGGUCAGGUUGUCAAGCUGUGUUGUUGGGCAACAGGACACCCAUUUGUGCAUUACCAGUGGUUCAAGCAGGAAAAAGAGGUGCCCCGUGGUAACUCCCCAGAGCUGGUUCUGAACCCAGUUAGUGUGAAUGAUUCUGGCUUUUACAUCUGUCGAGUGAACAGUGAGUCUUCCUUUGCCUUCAGCCGCUGGGCACGACUCGAGGUGUGUGAUCUCCAGGGCACAUCUCAUGGGAGCUCAGUUGGUUUGCCUGAAAACAAGCUGCGCAUUUGUAUUCAGCCUCAGCCCCAACACCUGACAGUGGGGGAUGCUUUGGUACUAGAAUGUGGAGCUGUUGGAAACCCAAUUCCCAACUACCAGUGGUUCAGAAAUGGGCUGCCCUUGGCAAAUGGGAGCAAAAAUGUCUACGUGGUAACCUGUGUGGGUGUGGAACAUCAAGGGACAUACUGGUGUCACAUAUUCAAUGAUCAGGAAGAUCAAGACAGCAAGAAGAUAGAAGUCAUUAUAGGAAGGAAAGCUAUGGCAGUGGAGUGCACAGAAGAAGAUUUAAGUGAUCUUCAAAAGCCAGACCUACAAGAACAAUCAAAUCACAGACCUGUUGCAACAGACAAGGUAGCUCUGUUAAUAGGGAACAUGAGCUACUGGAAUCACCCCCAGCUCAAGGCUCCCAUGGUGGAUGUCUAUGAAUUGACCAAUUUGCUCAGACAGCUGGAUUUCAAAGUUGUUUCUCUGCUGGAUCUUACUGAGUCCGAGAUGCGAAAUGCAGUGGAUGAAUUUUUACUUCUGCUGGACAAAGGAGUGUAUGGUUUGUUGUACUAUGCUGGCCACGGCUACGAGAACUAUGGAAACAGCUUCAUGGUUCCCAUUGAUGCUCCAAACCCCUACCGGUCUGCAAACUGCCUGUGUGUGCAGAACAUCCUCAAACUCAUGCAGGAAAAAGAGACAGGGCUUAACGUGUUCCUGCUGGAUAUGUGUCGGAAAAGAAAUGAAUAUGAUGACACGAUCCUUAUCUUAGAUGCUCUGAAGGUCACAGCCAACAUUGUUUUUGGAUAUGCAACGUGCCAAGGAGCAGAAGCUUUUGAAAUUCAGCAGUCAGGGUUGGCCAAUGGAAUCUUCAUGAAGUUCUUGAAGGACCGUUUGUUGGAAGACAAGAAGAUUACUGUGCUGCUGGAUGAGGUUGCAGAAGAUAUGGGCAAGUGCCACCUGACCAAAGGCAAGCAAGCUCUGGAGAUCCGCAGCAGCUUGUCUGAGAAAAGGGCCCUAACUGAUCCCAUCCAACAAACCGCUUCGUCUGCAGAGGCUCUGGCACGGAACCUUCAGUGGGCCAAAGCUCAUGAGCUUCCAGAAAGCAUGUAUCUUGAGUUCCAAUGUGGUGUUCAGAUUCAGCUGGGGUUUGCAGCUGAGUUUUCCAACGUGAUGAUCAUUUACACACGGAUAGUGAAGCAGCCCUUGGAAAUCCUGGAGUGCAGAGCCCAUGUCACAGACUUUGCUCUCGACUUGGAUGUGGAUCCUAAAGAGGCAAAUAAAGGAACUCCUGAGGAAACUGGAAGCUAUUUAGUAUCAAAGGACCUUCCCAAACACUGCCUCUACACCAGGCUAAGUUCACUGCAAAAACUAAGGGAACACUUGAUCUUCACUGUUUGCUUGCACUAUGAGUAUCCAGGAAUAGAAGAUACAAUGGAUGAAAGAAAGGAAGUUAAUGUUGGGAAACCCCUUAUUGCUAAAUUAGGCCUUCAUCAUGGAUUCAGGAAUAAUAACUGUCUCCAGACCAGUUGUGUGGCUAAUAAUCCUUUUCACAAUCAAACAGAAUCAAAUCCAGUGCCAACUAAAUACUAUGUCACUAGUCAUUGCCAACCAAAUUCCUGUCCAGGCCUUUACCAUCGAAACCAUGGUUGCUCAGACAGCAUCAGACAACCAGAGACAUGUUCUUGCAAUGGGACUUCAAGGACACCAGCUUCAAGACAUGAAGUAGGGAAUUACUCAUCCCCUGUGGCAGAGAGUAAUGUACCAGUGGAGACCACCGAUGAUACUGUUGAACUGGAAUUCCUUCUUUCUGACAGCCUCAGGUUCUCUGAGCAGCAGUAG